CCGGCCGGACCUUUCAUUGAGCUUCCUUGUGAAGGUGGGGUUUUCCAGCGGCGGCUGUUCGAUUCGGAGUGGAAGUCGGUGGUACCUAUGUCUCUGCACACUAAAGCGCCCGUCUAUACAGAGUCCACGUAGAAGACACCCCGGCGUUAUUUCUGGGACAGCACCGCAGGCCCACCCAGAGGGGGCAGAGUGAUUGGGCCAGCUGACCCCCCCCCUCCACCCAGUGAUGGCAGCCAAUAAGAGUAAGAGUCAGAGCUCCCUGGCCCUGCACAAGGUCAUCAUGGUGGGCAGCGGCGGCGUGGGCAAGUCCGCCCUCACGCUGCAGUUCAUGUAUGAUGAGUUUGUGGAAGACUAUGAGCCCACUAAAGCGGACAGCUACAGGAAGAAGGUGGUCCUGGACGGCGAGGAGGUCCAGAUUGACAUUCUGGACACGGCUGGACAGGAGGACUACGCUGCCAUCCGGGACAACUACUUCCGAAGCGGGGAGGGGUUCCUGCUGGUGUUCUCCAUCACGGAGCAUGAGUCCUUCACUGCCACCAGCGAGUUCAGGGAGCAGAUUCUGCGUGUGAAGGCUGAGGAGGACCGGAUCCCACUGCUGCUGGUGGGCAACAAGUCAGACUUGGAAGACCGGCGCCGGGUGACAGUGGACGAGGCACGGGCCAAGGCGGAGGAGUGGGCUGUGCAAUACGUGGAGACGUCAGCCAAGACACGCGCCAAUGUGGACAAGGUGUUCUUUGAUCUUAUGCGAGAUGUGCGGGCAAAAAAGAUGGCGGAGAACAAGGAGAAAAAUGGACGGAACAACAGGAGGAAGCCCAGGAAACGCUGCUGUUUGCUGUGAAGUAGUUCCUGUUCACUUCACCGCGAAGCCUGGUUACAUCUGUCAUGCCAUUUAAAAAAACAAAACUAAACAAGGACAUACAAUCCUGUCUCUGCAUCACAUUGCGAGCAUCCCGGACGCUGUGGGCUCUAUGGGAUCAAUCUCUUCCUGACGUCCAACACUAACCACUGCUCGAUCCCCCUGUCCAUUCUGUCUGUUCCAUGAAAAAUCUGAUAGACAGCCAUUUCAAGUUGCCAAGAUCUAUACACCGGCCUCCAGCCACCAGGGAGGACACUCACUAAAGCCUUAGACUCAACAUACCUAAAAAGAGGUGAGAGAUUUAUGAACCAUGACACGAUCAGUGUGCUGCCAACUGGGAACCAGUUUAAUGCCAUGUAACAGUAGGAGAGUCUCGUCUCUCCCAUCACCAGCAAAAAAACCACCCCAUGGCCCUGCCGGCUAGGGGCUGCUCCUCAUACCUCCAGGAAGGGUCUCAGUAACGACGACCAUUUUCCUGCGCAGAAGAAUCUGGGGAAGCCAAAUGGGAACAAAAUGGACUGGGCAGCCAUCCUGCAUGUUUUUUUUUUUUUUUUUUUUUUUUAAAUCAAAUCAGACAGCGCUGAUUUACCCCCGUAGCCAUGAAGCAGUUGUGACAGAUCGUCAUGCUUUUUAAAGCUGUACUGCUGUUUAUCGAUUUUUCAUACAUUUAUAACCUGUUGCCAAAUAAAUGUUUCCCCCCCCCUUUGUA